UCUCCUUCACACUCACCGCCGCUCAAAAAGAGCCAGCUAGGCGUCCUCUUCGUCUGCAACCACCGCACCGUCCUCGAUCCGGUCGUCACCGCCGUCGCGCUCGGCCGGAAGAUCAGUUGCGUCACCUACAGCAUCAGCAAGUUCACGGAGAUCACAUCGCUCAUCAAGGUCGUGGCGCUGUCGAGGGAGCGUGAGAGAGACGCGGUGGACAUCGAGCGCCUGCUCGAGGAAGGCGACCUGGUGAUCUGCCCCGAGGGGACCACCUGCAGGGAGCCAUUCCUCCUACGGUUCAGCGUGCUCUUCGCCGAGCUCACCGCCGGAUCAUCCCCGUGGCGGUGA